CCUCUCUCCGACACCUUCUAAAAAGAGAGAACAAACUCAAAAAUUUUAGUUUUUUGACUUUUAAAAAUAUGCAAAGAAAAACGAUGGUAACGACGUCGUCUCGUACAAAGUCUAAUAACGGCCCUGUGCUCCGUUCCCAAUCACCAUCAGGCCGUUUCUGCGGCGGUUACUCCACACCGUCGUCUUCCUCUUCAGCUUUCGCUUCCUCCACGAGUUCAAGCUUCUCAUCUCCCUCCUCAGCUUUCUUCAGCAACCGUCACGAUACUCAAAGCCACCACCGUUCCGCGUCUCCCACACGCGUGAAUCUCUACAAAUCGCAACCGAUUUCGUUUUCGUUAGACUCCAGAUCCAUCUCCCCGACUAAUAACAACAGAUCCAUCUCCGUCACGAAGAAGCCUCAGCCUAGCAAGAUCUCUUCCCCGAGGAGGUGUAUGUGUUCCCCGACGACGCAUCCCGGAUCCUUCAGAUGUAGUUUGCAUAAGAACGUGGCGAAUCCGCACGGACAAGGCGCGACGGCGUCGUAUCCGACGAAUAGUUUGAACAUGAGGAGAUCCGCGAUGACGAAUUCGCUGGUGAGGAUCGGUGGUGUGGAAGGGGAGUGGGUGAGGAGAGCGUUGACGACUUUGAUAAGGCCUUCGUCGCAUCAUUUGAAAAGGAGAGCUGCUUAUCAGCCUCGUCCGAGUCGGUUAUCGAUCAUGUCGAGUGCCACCGAGUGUAAUUGAUCUGUUAAUUAGAUUUUCAGGUUUGUUCUUCUCUUUUUAAAAUCAACAGCAGGAUUGAUUAAUCGGCGACAGAUUACAGAUCUGGAGAGGAAGACUCUUAAUCGGCGAUUGUGGGAGAAAAUUGAGAAUCUAAACCUGGAAAUGGAGUUUUGUAAAACGAAGAUCGAAAGAAACACACACCUUCAUAUAUUUUUUUUUAUGUUGUUGGGUGUAGAAAGAUGCGAAAUGCAUUUGUACAUAGACUUAAUUUUACUGUUCUUGCGUCUCCGGUCUCUUAUAAAAAUAUCGGACUCUCGAAAUUGCACUUAGCUAGAAUCAAACUAUAAAAAUCUGGUAAUUAAACAGAUCUGAAAUCAACUUUUUUUUUCUAAGGCAAGUGAUAAUUUAGAUCUCUAAUCCCACAUCAAUGGUGCGUUUGUCAGAGUUUUGUUUUCUCGUGUUCCGUCAAGUCAACGUUUCGUGGCCUUCGUUGACCGCCACGUUCACCGUCGUCGUUUCUUCCGUUACUUAUUGAGGUUCGUUGUGUGAGUCUCUUGUUUUGUAGGUUGCGUUUGGCGAUGGAGUUUAAGCUAAGGGCUAACCAGGACAUGAAAUUUCGGAUGGCACUGAAAGAUGGACAAAAAAAUAACAGUAGAAAAAUAAAUUUCGUAGAAAAAUGUUCCAUCCAAAACGCGAGAAUGGAUUUUCAUGGCGAACAAAAUCACUCACCGAAAAUAAUUGAUGACAAAAAUUUAUUUGACUCCAAAGAAAAAUGGAAAUUCAGGGGAAACGAGAAUGGUGAUUUGGUUAGCUGACUGACCAGUAGAAAACGACUUAACAUGGAAUAGUCACAUGAUUUAGAUUGAAAAUUACAUAACGAGAAAUUAAGAAUCAUUCAAUUCAUAGUGCAUGAACAGAUAGAACUGCAACGUUUGAAAUAAGAGAAAACAAGAGGCAAAAGUGGGUAAAAAAUAGGAUCCCCCAGUGUUAGAUAGACCGGUUUAUUUUCAAUCAGUUUUGGUUUUUGCAUAUAGACUUCGGUUAGGAUACUCAUUUUAUCGAGUUUGGGUUCUGUCACUCACUUACACAUUGAGUUGGUCGAGCUAUACGUAUCUUAUGUCAACAAUCUAUUCUGAGGACAUG